AGGUGUCGGGAUCCCGACCGCGCGGGGGGAGGGGGGGCGAGUGCAGGGGCGCGCGCGCGCGCUCCCGCCGUCCUCCCUGCCCCCUUCGCGCACACAUCCCUACAGCACACCCCCUCCCCCGCCGCCCGCCCCGCGCGCCGCCCGCUCCGCGGCCCCGCUCGGCCUCGCGCGCUCGGAAGGGAGUCGCGAGACGUCGGAGCGGCGGCCACGUAGCGCUGCGGCGGCGGCGGCCGAGGCCGGGUCUGAGGAGCGGCCCAGAGCGCAGACGUUGGGCAGGGGGAGGGGCCGGCCCGGCGGGCGGUGGGGACUGGAGCGACGCGGCGCGGCGACAGGCCCCCGCCGCGGGGAUGGGCCGCCGAAGCGGCGGCGGCGGCGGCGGCCCGGACAAGAUGCUCCAAGUCCCUUGUAGUUCUCUUCGAAAGAAGAUCAGGAGCGUUCUGCUCUGGCCGUAAGAACAGCCUUUUUUGACUAACAUGUUGCUGGUGCUGUGACACAGGAAGAACUGCGUGCAGACUCCAGGAGUUUCUUAUUUUCACUUCUUGAGUAGUUAGUUCUCUGUGGAUGGAGAAAGAUUCGAGUUUUAAUUGCCCUGUUUUCAAGGUGUUCUGUGUAGUCUGAACUGGGCCACUUCCCAAUGAGCUACACAGCCAGUCCUUGUCAGGAACUGGUUGAACCCUGUGCAGUGCAUGCAGAAGGAAUGGCCCAGGAAGAGAGCCAUCGAAGUCAAGCACCACCUACCUUCUAUCAUGGUGCUAGCCAGGAGCUCGACCUGUCCACCAAAGUAUAUAAAAGGGAAUCUGGAAGCCCUUACUCUGUUCUAGCAGAUUCCAAGAUGAGCAAACCACAUCUCCACGAGACCGAGGAGCAGCCAUAUUUCAGGGAGCCAAGGGCAGUGUCUGACGUGCACACUGUCAAAGAAGACCGGGAGAAUUCUGAUGACACAGAAGAGGAGGAGGAAGUCUCUUACAAAAGGGAGCAGAUCAUAGUGGAGGUAAACCUUAAUAAUCAAACAUUAAAUGUAUCUAAAGGGGAAAAGGGUGUCUCUUCUCAGUCCAAAGAGACUCCUGUUCUUAAGACAAGCAGCGAGGAAGAAGAGGAAGAGACUGAGGAGGACGCCACAGAUAACAGCAGUGACUACGGAGAGAACGGACGGCAGAAGAAAAAGGAGAAGCAAGUGGAGAAAGUCAGGGUUACACAAAGGCGAACCCGGAGAGCUGCCUCUGUUGCCGCAGCUACCACUUCCCCUACGCCCCGUACAACUCGAGGCCGGAGGAAGAGUGCAGAGCUACCUAAGAGGAAGAAGCGGGCCGCCAAGGAGCCUAAAGCGCCAGUCCAGAAAGCUAAGUGUGACGAGAAAGAGACUCUCACCUGUGAGAAGUGCCCUAGGGUGUUUAAUACUCGCUGGUACCUGGAGAAGCACAUGAACGUUACUCACAGGCGCAUGCAGAUCUGUGAUAAAUGUGGCAAGAAGUUUGUCCUGGAAAGUGAGCUGUCCCUUCACCAGCAGACAGACUGUGAAAAAAACAUUCAGUGUGUCUCCUGUAACAAAUCCUUCAAGAAACUCUGGUCCCUUCAUGAACAUAUCAAGAUUGUCCAUGGAUAUGCAGAAAAAAAAUUUGCCUGUGAGAUUUGCGAGAAGAAGUUCUAUACCAUGGCUCAUGUACGGAAACACAUGGUUGCACACACAAAAGACAUGCCAUUUACAUGUGAGACCUGUGGAAAGUCUUUCAAGCGCAGUAUGUCACUCAAGGUGCACUCCUUGCAGCAUUCUGGAGAGAAACCCUUCAGAUGUGAGAACUGCGACGAGAGGUUCCAGUACAAGUACCAGCUCCGCUCCCACAUGAGCAUCCACAUCGGGCACAAGCAGUUCAUGUGCCAGUGGUGCGGCAAGGACUUCAACAUGAAGCAGUACUUCGACGAGCACAUGAAGACGCACACUGGAGAGAAACCUUUUAUCUGUGAAAUCUGUGGCAAAAGCUUCACCAGUCGACCCAACAUGAAGAGGCACCGCAGAACUCACACAGGCGAGAAGCCCUACCCCUGUGACGUGUGUGGUCAGCGGUUCCGCUUUUCCAACAUGCUGAAGGCCCACAAGGAGAAGUGCUUCCGAGUGACCAGCCCAGUGAAUGUGCCACCAGCGGUCCAGAUCCCAUUGGCCUCAGCUCCAGCCGCUCCAGCUCCAGCCGUGGCCAACACUCCCACGAGCCCAGCCCCCGCAGUCAGUAUGAACCCUGUGGGUAGUGCACUUCCCUCAAGACCCGUCCCACACCCCUUCUCACACCUGCACAUCCACACGCAUCCACACCACUCGCACCACCUUCCCAUCCCUCCUGUGCCUCACCUGCCCCCGCCUCCAGCUCUCUUCAAGAGUGAGCCCCUAAACCACAGAAGCCAGAGCGAGGACACCUUUCUGAGGCACCUGGCGGAGAAGAACAGCCCAGCCCAGGCCCAGCAUCAUUAGCACCAGCUGGUGAGUCCCCAUGGUGAGUCGGCAGAAGGGCUGCAGCGGACUUCUCUGGGGCCUUCCUGUUUCCAUGGCCUCCGUCAGGGCCUCUGCCAUUGUCCUGGGGAACCACAAGACUGACAUGAGGGAGUGAGUAAGAAGACUGCCCUUGAAACCAGGGGAACCACCGAACUAAAGCCCAAUUUGCUUGCAUUUUCUGAUGACUUUUAUAAAUUUCAGAUACUGUGAUUGUGGGAUUUUAUAAUUUCAUAUCAGCGGAUGAGGUAUGCUUGCUUUUAUAUCCCGGUCUUCUCCUCAAAGAGGGGAUGGGCCUGGUUUCCUUUAUACUAAUCGGGAAGGCUGUGAGAUUAAUCCAGAGCAUUAACUGUAUCACUGUGUAUUGUAAUGAAUUCUUUUCAGCUUUUGGUGCUGGCUGCAGAGUCGCGCUGGCCUUGUUUCACACAAUAUCAAGCAUUAUAGAGAAGAUGGGAGUUUCCUUCUUUGUGUAGCUCUUUUAACACACUCUUUAUUUUACUACAGAAAUUAUUUUAGAGGUUUUGUAUAGACUUUAGUAGUCUGUUUCUAAAAUGAGAUGUAUUUCAAUAAGCUGUGUAAUUUUUUCAGUGUAGCUAAACCCAUGUUGUAAAAUAGAUAAAUUUUUAUAAUCAUCAAAAUGUGAUUCUUAAAGAUGCAUAAAUAACUUCUAUUUCAAAUGUAUUCUUACAUCCGUACAACUCAAAGGUGCUUCUGAGACUGGAUGUAUCUGAGCGGCUCACCAGACCAGGUACAAAAGCAAGGCUCAGUACAAAGUUAGUCCUUAGUGAGUUGAAAGUCUGCUGGGCGUUCAGUCCGUUGGGCUCACUGACACAGCCAACGUUGGUGUCCCUUUGAGCUACUCUGUGGAUUCAUUGGGGCGGUGAGUGGGAAUGGGGUCACCCAAAGUUAGCCAGGUUUAUAAUGUGAAUGGCGUUUGUGAAUGCCCUCUGGAGGAAGCAGCAGAGGUCAUUUCCUUUGACCACAUCUGUUUCUCAAUUUUCUUAGGAACCAUGUUGUACUCAGCUGUUAGGGGAAGAUGAAUUGGACCUCUUGCUUUGAGGUUCCUGUGUUUUCCGAGAGUUGUUAGAAGAAGCUGAUAUGGUGAACCGAAAUCACAAACGUAAUUGCUGAUCAUGACUGAGAAAUGUGGAUGAGAAGACAAGUUGGCUUUUGAGUUUUAAAAUGUCUGCAGUCUCUAAAACAUGGAUGUCCACAACUGACCGUUAUCUGCCAUUGAAACUGUAGUGAGAGGGAACCCUAGUUCUGCUGCCUGCCCUCUGCAGAGAAGUGGGGCUGCAGCAUCUUAAGUGAGGAAGGAACAGUGCCCUCACCUCUCCAGUGCAGCUUACUCGGUCAAGAUUUGGGGAGCUUGCACAGCAUGGUCACCCUGCAGUGUUUAUAUGGAAGGCCAAAGACAAGGGCUAACAUGGUAGUUUCAGUCAAGUGACGCGUGUGCACAGCAUAGCCACACGCUCUGUGUUCUUCUUCUCAGAGGCUGAGUUCUGAGAAUGGCCCCUGCCUUCUGCCUCUCUCCUCCUCAUCUCUCUGUCCUCAGGUUCCUAAAUCAGAACCCUAGCUGUUACUUAUCCCUCUGUGAUACUAAAUGCACAGAUAUGCGUCACGCACUUUUUUUCUGGUUACUUAACUCUGCAGUGGGGACACACAGACUCUGGCCCGAGGUUAGGUCACACUCUAAAUAGUUCUCUUUGGUUUACUAUUUCUAGAUUUACUCCAGUUUUGCCCUUGUCUUCUCUAAACAUAGGAAAAAUUGUGUGCUGAGUCAGGAAAGCAUCUCAGGACACAAGCGCUUUCCCUACAGUUUCUAGCCAUGAAUUUUAAUGAAUGGCAUUUUUAAUAUUUGCAUACAUUCUUAGAACCCUCACCUACCCAAGGCAAACAAGGAAAUAGAUUCCUUUUCUGAAUGUCGUGACUGACAAGUCACCCUCCCCCCCACUUACCUCCACAGUCUCCUUUGCAUCCUAUGGGAAGUCUGCAAACCCACACUUUGAUGUUGGCAUAUCAAUAUUUCAUGAUUCAGCCUAUAACAUUAAAAUAUUUUUAUCGAAAAGGUAUAAAUUGUACCUAAGUUAAUUGGUUAUACUUUAUCUUAUACUAAUGAUUUUAUAAUAUGAGGCUGAGAUUCUGAGUUCUAGACUUGAGGCUGUUGAAUUAAACCCAUUCAAAGGUUAUACUAUGAAUACUCAUUGAGAAAUUCAGGUAGUCAGUUCUGACUUCUUUAUUCAAAUGACUAUAGCCAUAAGAAACUGUCCUCCACAUAGGAAACCCAGUAAGUAGCAAGUCAGUUAGCAUCGCUAUCCUUAACAGAAGCAGAAAAAAAGAAUUUAAAGCAAUGACUUAGUCCUACCACACUAUGUCAUUCUUACUGAAAUGUGGGACAAUGUAGAAAUGCCUUUCCUUUUUCUGGAUAAGUAUAUCUUCCCUUAUUCAAGAAGUCUGCUCUAAAAAAUGACUCUAAAAGUGUCAUGUAUGAAUGAUGGGCACACGCACGACAAGAUCCAUAACAGAAAUGCUUCCGAGUCAGAAACCACAGGGUCGCACCUCACAGGUAGGCACUUCAGCUGCCGAAGACGCAAACUCAGGGUUGGUGACGUGCUGGCUGUGCUAGCUACUAAGGUUAAAGCCGCAGUGUGUGCCGUGCUCCCCCACAUGCACUGUGGUGCCCUGGGAGUUCUGCAGAACCUGUUCCGUUCUCGUUACCUGUCCAGGGGAAAAGACCUGUGGAUGUUCUAGGCCCGUAUCUGUACUGUUGUCUCAUAAACACAUCACCACAUUUCAGAACAAUGCAUUUGAAAUCAAGGCUUUCUCAUUACGCCAUUUUGUACUAUCUUCAAAGGCUUUUGUUGUUGCAAGGAUUACUUACUUAUAUGUAGACCACGCUAGCCUUGGAUUCACAGCCCAAUUGCUGGGUCUAAAGGAGAGAGCCACAACCAGCCCACCCCAGAAUUUUGUUGUUGUUGGGGUUCUUGUUUCAUUUUUUGAGAAAGGGUCUUUCACUUAAUACCUAAGCUGGAGUUGAACUCCCCAGUGCAUGUAGACCAUGGUUAGCCUCAAACCCAUGACUCCCCCCACCUCAGCUUCCCAAGUGCUGGGCUCAUGGGUACCUGCUCUCCACUCUGCCUGGCUUCCAUAGGAUGUUUUCGGGCGGCAUUACAGUUUUGGAGGUUGAACAGUGCAUCUUUUGUUUCCUCGUCAUAGAUUUACCACUAGAUACAAACUUUCUAACCUGUUGAAAGGCUGCUGCUCUCAAACUGAGUCAGGUUCACACUGGGUUAGAGUCAACCGGAAUGGAAAGAAGAUGGACCAUUUAAAGCACGUGGCUUCAUUUUUCUGUGUGUUAUUUUGGAUUGGUUCUUAUUUUUUGCAAAUAGGGAAGUCUCCACAUAAAACUUUAAUAACAUUCAAAGAAACCUUUGGAAAUCAUUUCCAGGUACUGUCUUAGUCACACUCAAAAUCAGUCCCUCAACAGAGACUUUCCAGUUGUCCAGUCAUGCACCCAUACACCCCAGCCCACAUACACCCCAUACACCCAUACACCCAUCACCCCAGCCCACAUACACCCCAUACAUCCAUAUACCCCAACCCACAUCCCUACCACUUCUCACCACAGGCCAAAUCUUCGAAGUUUUGAUUUUUAAGUUCUUGAAAAUCUUUUUCAGUUUUAUUAUUGUUGAGUGGAUAUGUGUUUAAUUUCGUUUUUAUUUCCCUGGAAGAUUUAAAUUUUGAAACUAAAAGGCAGAGAAAGAACUUCCACUGCAGAGGCGUGUGUGUGUGUGUGUGUGUGUGUGUGUGUGUGUGUGUGUACGCACGCGCACACACACAUGCACUCAUGAGUGUGCAUGUACAUAUAUAUGGAUCUAGUCCCUCUUGGAGAUUUUGGUUAGGAAAACAUACUGUGGUAGGUGAGUUUUUGUAUUUAAAGAGAGAAAAACUAAAACUUCCAUUAAAAGAACCCCUGUUGGGGUUGAGGAUUUGGCUCAGUGGUAGAGCGCUUGCCUAGCAACUGCAAGGCCCUGGGUUCGGUCCCCAGCUCCGAAAAAAAGAAAAGAAAACAAAACAAAACAAAAAAAACCUGUUUCAGUUAAAGGAGCCCCUCUGUUUAAGCUGCUGUAUGAAAUACCACUUUUGUUACUUUGUUCCACAUGAUAGAGAUUCUGGUGCUAUUCCGCAUGUGGAGCACGUCAUGAAAAGAGAGGGUAUGUUAGAUCUCACCAUUUUAUCAACUAAAAACACAUCCUCUGGGAUUCUUAAAAUUCUAAAGCUGAGCAAAGAAUUAUCAGGUUUUUAAGUUUUUUCUUUACUUAAACCAACUUAGAAUUUUUCCCAGGAGUUCUCUCUUUCCAUUUUUUUUCUUUUUUAGGAAUAAAAGGUCAUAAGCUGUUAGAAAUAGUGGCGUCAUUAUGCAAUAACAAUUCACUAGCUAAUCUGAUUCUGUCCUCGGUAGCAUCUUGAGAAGCAAUGCUGACCUUCUAACCUGGAACUACCUCGAUAAAGCAGCCCAGAGAUCCUCGCUACACUUUCUUUGGAAGCCAUAAAAGUCGUCAGUGUGUCCACCUUCACAGUUGAAUACUUUUAUACUCGCUAGACCUUUUCAUAGACUUGUAGUCAGACCUUGCCUCAGAGGACAGCUUUUCCGAGACUCCGAGGAAAGUCAGACUCCUCAAAUGCUCCGACUCUGCAGCCCUAGCUUCAGUACCUUUGGUUUAAAGAACCAGAUGCCAUAACAUUCAAAAAGUUACACGUUUAACUCAAAACUACUGUGCAGACUACAGAUUCUAAAAACAAACUCCUUCUUGUUCCCUAGGCAGAGGACAUGUUGUUAUAAAGUGGGUCUCUCUCUCCACCCUGUUAACUCAGGGCUCCUGGCUGGUGUAUGUGUCAGGACAGUGUUCUUGAGUUGUUUCUAUGACUGUAGCACAGAGACAAGAGUACCUGUCCGUCUGAUCCCCUACUGCCAUGUGCAGCUUUAGUCUCAAUCACUCUGCUCUCGAGUGCCUUCAAAAAGCCCAUGUCCUGGAACCCUUUCCCAGUCUGAAUCCUACCUCUGAUUGCUUCAUUCUCCGUGAGUAUUGGAAUUCACCCUAUUCCAAAGGGCUCAACUACAAACUUGCUAAAACCUGGCUGAGGAUGACGAACACAUUUGUGUUUUGCUGCCCCUUGUCACUCACUGCUGGGUCACCUUUGUAGCUUCUUUGUAUCUUACUCCCCCCUCCCCAUACCACGUCUGGACUAGAGCCAUUGUCCCCUCACCUUCUAGUCUUUCAGCAUAGACCAGCUGUUCCUUUAAAAAUCUAAGGUCACCCAGUGGGUCUCUGGGCCACCCUGUCCUCAUCUGAUGUCUUCCUGAGUACCUAUCCUGCCUGAUGCCGCCCGGGUGCAUAUCCUCCUUCCCAAACACUUACAGGGUUCUCCCCAUAACUUCAGCUUAGUCCUAGGAAUGGAAGAGUGCUCUCUGGGGUUAAUAAAAGCCCUGUCUUGAUUUUUGAUCAGCCCCUCUCUUCAGCCACCUGUCCCCCUCAUCAGUCCCAGUUUAUUUUCUUUCCUAGUUGUCCUCUUAUACAUCAUUUAAAAAGUGUGAUGUCUAAUAAAUGAAAGACAUGAAAGGAGGAAAAAGGAAACCGAAGUGUGCUCUGUGUGUAGCACGUGCACUUCAUUGAUAAAAAUUGCUUCAGCAACUGGCUGGUCUUUCAUAUCCCAGAUUAAGUUUGGGCUAUGUAAUGGGUUGAUUGUUCCCUCCUAAGGUGAAAACAGAUGAACUCUUUCAGUGAGGAAUUUGGAUUGUUUUCCCUUGUAGACGAAUGAAGACUAUUGAGUAUUUUGACCUUAGUCAAAGUUUUGCUUUCUGACUGAUAUUCUCUUUCCAGUUACUGGUACCCAGGCAUCCAAGACUGAUGGCUGCAUGAGGCAGGGGCCUUUAAAAGGCAGCUAGUGAUGGUUUUCAUCCUUUUUGUCUGGGGACAGACAGGAUGCUAAUUGGCAGGACAGUGCCAAGUUAGGAGAAUUGGUUUGAAAAUAGAGAAGUUGAGACAUUGGGAUGUUUCACUGGCUGCUUAGAUUGAGGGCGGAGUGCAGACUGCACAGGGUAGAGUGUGCUGUGGAAAUCAUUAACAUGUUCUAGAGUGCUCUCCGCAUCUGCCUUUGCCCAUUGCUGACUACAGAGUCAGUCUUAAGAACUGGGUGCCUGGACGGAUCUGCUUUUAAAUUGGUUACUUUUCUCUGCAGUGUCCAGGCCUUUGGAUCGUAUGGGAGCGCCAUACUUACCCGUCACUGGGAGACCCAUACCCUUUGAGGAUGGCUGCUUGUUGUGUGUCUCUUUUGGUCAAGUGUCAGAGUUCUUACCCCUCAGAAGUUUCCCAGUCACUGACUCCAGGUUACUUUCAUCCUUUUUGAGCUUCUCUGGUGAGAUUGGGCUAUGACAAAUUACUUGAAAAUGGUUUUAUAGGAAAUGGAGAUGUUCGAAAAUGGAUGGAAGCUGGGUUUUUACUUAAUGUCAGAGGAAAUCUAACCAAGAGCCUGCCUGUAUGGGUCUGAAAAGAAAGCAGCAGCAGCUUCUGCCUCUCUGGCCCCCUGGAUGGACACAGACGCUCCCAUCUGCCUUACCACACAGGGAGCCGGGCGCCAGAAACUGGGUCUCACGAAUACCUCGCAAGGGUUCUGAGGCUCUGGCUGCUUUGGAAGAUAUGCAUGAUUACUUGCGGAGUAGUGUGAUGUCUGUGUCUACUUCUCAAAUUGUAUCACUAGGUACAUGGCCUCAGAAAACCAGGUGAAUUAUCUUCCAGAAUAUGGGGGGUUGGGGGUAGGGAUGAGGGAUGGGGUUGUUUUGGGCUUUUGUUUCCUCUGCAGUACUUGUUUUGGCCAUAAGGGGUCAUAAAGUACUUUCUUCUCAGCUUUUAAGUCUCUUCUGGGCUAUCCCUUGGGUAACUGAUUGGAUUUGACUAAACAUUUUCCGGAUCACUAAGUUGAGCAGAGAUGGAGUCCUGUGUCUGAGGUCCAUGUAGCUCGUCAGGCAGUGUUACCAAGAAGCCUUUGUUAAUAUUGGUGAGACUGAAAGCUGGCCCUUAUAAAGGCUCCAUUGUUUACUAAAUGCAGAGCUAAAAGGUGACCUCCUCCCGUUCAACCCUCCAAAUCCCAUUGCAUCUCAGCCUGCCCUGUGUGUGGCAUCUGUGACAGCAGUGGGGACCUUUGGCGUAUGUGUGAACAUACGCUCUUUCACUUUGUCUGCUCCAAGUGGCUAUCUGACAUCAAGAGCAGAUCUUCCACCAGGGUGAGUGGGGAGGUCUCCCAGAGCAGGCAGGUGCCCGCCAGGCCUGGCCCUCUGCACCCGUUGCUUAUCUUUGGUCUCCUGGUCCUCUUCAGCUCUCUGGGAAGUUCAAUUGUGCCCAUUGCAGUGUCUCCAGAGGAACAGUUGGAUAUCCACUCAGGAAAGCACCAGCCUGAGAGUAUUUACCUUGUAGAGUCAGGAAGCAUUUACCUGUGGAAGGGUCUCUCCACUGACUUCUUCCUGGUCCCUCUUCCCCCAGCAAGAGCCUGAGCAAUGCCAGACACAGAGUGGGGGCUCCUUGUAAUUCCAGCCCAGGCAGAAGUGGAAGGGAAGCUGUGACCAGGUUGGGCAGUAGGUGGCUAGGUGUUGUCCCCACAGUUCUGCGGUCACUUGCACUUUCUCAUUUCUUAAAGGAAGUCCAGUUUUCUUGCCAGGAAUCCUUAGCCUUAGGUUUACAAAGCUGUUGAAUGUUCGUCCAGAGGAGUAUAAGAAGAUCUAAGACUGCGUCUAGUCUAGGACGGGAAAGUCUCUCCCUUACCUCUGUAGAGGGUGUUGAAGGUCAAGUUGGGACUCGGUGAGGGAAGGCACCUGUCAUGCUGUAAAGAAAAUUAGAGGGCCUUCCUUCAGUUGGGGUAGGGUGAGUGAUAGGCAGGGAAGAGUCUACUAGGAGGGGAAGGAGGGAGAGGGUUGCUUGGCCCAGGGAGCUAGCUGCAUGAUGGAGCCAGGAGGGCUCUGGGCUGGUCCAGGAUGCCGGGCUCCCCUUAGUCAUCUUUCUUCCAAGCAUCCUGUCAGAUGCCCGCUGUGACGGUCUUCUUCCCUGUGUUAACUAUACCAAUAUUAUUUUUUUAGCAAUGGAAAUGCACUUUUUUUUAUUUCAACUCAAUCAUGAUUUUAAGUAUAAAAAUUUAUAGAUUGUUAAAACUACUUUUUUGUGUAUUUUUAACCACUCAAUGUAGCAUUGUAUAUUUUAUUCUUAUUAAGACUCUGGUACAAGGUGUGCCAUUUAAUGAUUCUUUUUUUUCCAACAUGCUGGGCCUUUGGAUGUGUACGGUAACCAACUUCAUGCUAAUGUUCAAAGUAAAAAAAGAAAAGUAGCCAUA